AUGCGACAAUACGCAAAUGCGCAGGAUUGGAGAUGGUUGUCGUGCUUUCCGGAAAUUGGUGCCGGGGCGACGGACAAGUUCUGGGCGCUCGGAGGGCCGAAAGAUAGCGGGUACAGGGAAGACAGGGGCGGUAGCAAUAACAAUGGCUCCCUUGUGCUGAAGUGGAUCAAUAACGAGAACAGUAGCUUUCAGCCCUACAACCGCACCUGCGUGGCGUCACUCUACUUGCGAUUUCCCCUUCACCAUCCGCGAGACACUGCCCUUUCGUUCCCCGAGGAGAAGUUCCCCGAGGAGAAGUUCCCACGGAAAAUUCACCAGGCAAUCCGCAAUGCGUGGUUCAUGAGUGGGCAUGCUGAUUCAUCCCACGACAACACGUCUGUCUGCCAAGUUCCAAUGAAUGAUUCAAAUCGCGUAUCAAGAAACGAGACAGGUUUCUAUUUGAUUCCUGACGGUUCAUUGGUAACCAUCAAGAGCUAUAGGUUUCAGCUUCGUGUUUACAGAUACUCGUGUCCAAGCGAUCGGAUCUUCAGCCGCGCGUGGGUGGGGGAAAAUGCUACACCCUUGACGCCCGACAUACUAGGCUGCUACGCCCGGCGCCCGUCUAGGUCGACGGGCAAACUGCAAAUAACACACACCGAUGAGAGUCAUUUCCAGAGAACAAUUACAAAAUACUUUCAUUCAAAAGUAACACGAAAGCAAGCAGGCUCUUGCACUUUCAACUCAACAGCCCAGUACUAUCUAAUUGCUGUCCAACUUAAGCAAGAUGUCAAGGAUCAUGCACUCGGCAUCUUCUUAUUCACUCAGCCUGUCUGUCAUAUAUCGCCUAUUCCUACUUUGGUCCAACAGCUUGCUACACUCAGGCCUGCCUUGAAGAUUGUGCAUCUCUUCCACCGACUUCCAAGACGCAUGACCUGUCCAGGAGAGUUGAUGAAGGUGUGGCUCUGCCUAGGCGUUGGCCACCAGGACCAUAGAUAUCAGCCUGAGGAUCACAAGAUGUCGUCGCAUUCGUCUGCUGCAACAACACCUGAAUGGAUGAUCACCUACACCGCACUCAUGAAUAUAUGGACACCCUCAAUGGCACGAUUCGACUUGACUACAUCUUAG